CAGUAUGGGAGGGAAUAGCGCCUGCGCAAUAGAGAGGCGUUCCGACUUGCUCCGGCUUUGGCCUCGCCCACCGCUUCCCCGCCUCCCCGAGGCCAAUUUAAAGGCAGCGGGGAAGGGGGGGCGAGGCUGAGGCCCCCUGUUAUUGUGCCAUUGGGCCGCCCCGGCCCCGGUCCACCUCCUCCUUCCCCCCCCACGGCUCGCCUUCUUCCCCUUCUCUCUUCCCCGCCUUGCCGCGUCGACGCCCUUGAGCUUUCCCUCAGAGCGGCGCGCGCGCUAUAGCACAGCUGCUCCUUUUCCUGUGAGAAACCGCCAACCAUGUACCGUUGCUUGGGGGAGCUUCUGGCGCCGGCUCGCGCAGCCGGGGCCGGCUCGUCAGCUUUAUCCGGCGCGGAGCCCUGCGCGGCGGCGGCCUUGUUGUCGGGGCACAGUUCGGGGCGGAGGCAUGGGAGCGCCGGCAGCCUCCGCCGUUAUAGCCAAGCCGUGGAGCGGGAAGACGACCCCAACUUCUUCAAGAUGGUGGAGGGCUUCUUCGACCGCGGCGCCAGCAUUGUGGAGGACAAGCUGGUGGAAGGGCUGCGCACCCGCGAGAGCCCCGAGGAGAAGCGGCACCGCGUCCGCGGCAUCCUCCGCAUCAUCAAGCCCUGCAACCACGUGCUGAGCGUCUCCUUCCCCAUCAAGCGGGAUAACGGCGAGUGGGAAGUCAUUGAAGGCUACCGAGCGCAGCACAGCCAGCAUCGCACCCCCUGCAAGGGAGGCAUCCGUUAUAGUACAGAAGUGAGUGUUGAUGAAGUGAAAGCUCUGGCUUCUCUAAUGACGUACAAAUGUGCAGUCGUUGAUGUGCCAUUUGGUGGUGCAAAGGCUGGUGUUAAGAUCAAUCCUAGGAACUAUACAGAUAAUGAAUUGGAAAAAAUCACAAGACGGUUUACCAUCGAACUAGCAAAGAAGGGGUUCAUUGGACCAGGUGUUGAUGUGCCUGCUCCUGACAUGAGCACAGGUGAGAGGGAGAUGUCCUGGAUUGCAGACACCUAUGCCAAUACCAUAGGACACUAUGAUAUUAAUGCCCAUGCCUGUGUCACGGGAAAGCCUAUCAGCCAAGGUGGUAUACAUGGCCGUGUCUCUGCUACAGGACGUGGUGUCUUCCAUGGAAUUGAGAACUUCAUUAAUGAAGCAUCAUAUAUGAGCCUUUUGGGAAUGACUCCAGGAUUUGGAGACAAGACAUUUGCUAUCCAGGGAUUUGGCAAUGUAGGUUUGCAUUCUAUGAGGUACCUUCAUCGCUAUGGUGCAAAAUGUGUUGCAAUUGGAGAAAAGGAUGGUGCAAUCUGGAAUCCUGAUGGGCUUGACCCAAAAGAACUGGAAGAUUAUAAAUUGCAACAUGGAUCAAUUCUCACCUACCCAAAGGCACAGCGCCUGGACUGCCACAUCCUUGAAGCAGAUUGUGAUAUCCUCAUCCCAGCUGCCAGUGAAAAGCAGUUAACAAAAGCUAAUGCCCCCAAGGUCAAAGCAAAAAUAAUUGCUGAAGGUGCUAAUGGACCCACUACUCCUGAGGCUGAUAAAAUCUUCUUGGAGCGUAACAUCAUGGUUAUUCCAGAUCUUUAUUUAAAUGCUGGUGGUGUAACUGUGUCUUAUUUUGAGUGGCUGAAGAACCUGAACCACGUCAGCUAUGGCCGCUUGACCUUUAAAUAUGAAAGGGACUCUAACUACCACUUGCUAAUGUCAGUACAGGAAAGCUUGGAAAGAAAGUUUGGAAAGCAUGGUGGAAGUAUUCCCGUUGUGCCUACAGCAGAAUUCCAGGACAGGAUAUCUGGUGCGUCUGAAAAAGACAUUGUGCAUUCUGGCUUGGCCUACACCAUGGAACGCUCUGCAAGGCAAAUCAUGCGUACUGCCAUGAAGUAUAAUCUAGGUCUAGACCUGAGAACAGCCGCCUACGUCAAUGCAAUUGAGAAGGUCUUCAAGGUGUACAAUGAAGCUGGUCUGACCUUCACAUAAAUGGAUAGCCUGUUUCAACCUGUCGUGUACUCUCUUCAGAAAGCUUAUAAGUUUACAUAUAACCACAGAAAUCCCUCUCUUCUUUUCUCACCUAACUAUAGUGGAUAUAAUUCUCAAUCAACUUCAGUUCAUGCUAGUUGUUUUUUAUAAUAACAGAGAAAAAUUAUGGAUCUAGGACUUCAUGCCAGGAGGUAGCUAAAGAAUAACCAGUUCAUCUGUACUUGUAUGGAGGUCUGAGUUUUUCACCUUGAGAUUAAAAAGUUAUCUUUUUAUUCUAUGAACCUGUGGUUUUAACCACAAUAAGCAACCUAGCAAUGCUUCAGGUCGCAUAUACUGUGUACUGUUGGAGCAAAUAGCUAAACUAUUAAUGCACUUUGAUGUCCGAAAAGCAUAGCUCUUCAGCUUUGGCACUUCUGAGUAAAGGCCUUGGAUGAUCAGUGUGGUGACAUUGACAAAGACUUAAAGGGUCAACUGCAGGGAAUAACUUUAGAUUCUCAUUUUUACACUUAGGGAACCACAGGCCUGGUUCACUUUAGACAAUGUGUAUGUUUCUUUUUAUACUCUGUGCUCCUGUUACAAGGCUGCCUUUAAAUCAUGUACUCAACUUCAACUUGACUGAAGCACUGCAGUGUCCACAUAGACAGAUGAAUUUCAGGAAUUGAUAUUUUUAUAAACUGAAACAGUAUCAUUGUUAUACAAAGAUCCAAUUUAAGUGACUUGUGUUUAAUCUCAUCACUUAAUAUCCAUUUUGCUUGUGUGUGGUUUUUUUAAAGAAUGAUGUGUACUGGAGCAUAACUUUAGGCAGUCCUAAGAACUUGCAGAGCCUCUUACUCGUCUCAUUUGUGUUUUAUUUUCUAUGAUGAGUUUAGCAUUAAGCUAUUGCCUCUCAGAACAAUUCAAGCAAAAAUCACUGUCACCAAAGAGGCAAACAACUGCUACAGAUCUCAUAUAGGUUCUUAAUAGUUUGACUUUUUGUUCCCUUUCUUUGGAGGUUUGCAUAUUCUGGACAUAAAGAAUUUAAUAAAGAGGGCCUUGAAGCAGGAUUGGAUCAUAAAGUUGUAUAAGGUUUUUCAACAAGCUGUUUCAUCCAGAGCGGCCCUAUAAAGUGCCAGCUGUAUUUAUGUAAUGAAUAUGAAUUUUUUUUCUUUUAAAAAAAGCCCUCCCAGAAACCCAUGCUUUUUUCUAGCUACUUUGUAACUCAUGACAUAACAUUGCAAUGAAAACAAUUAUUAAAAGUUGACCUUUCCAAACA